AUGUGGCACUUCUCUGACCAGCAGACUCAAGUUCUAACGCUCCAACUGGCUGAAAUACCAGUACCCGGUGAAGAGACACAACUGUACCCUCUGGAUGGUGGGAUGGGUGGAAUCAGUGUGGUUGAAGAGGCGGCUGAUCGAGUCUUCAUGGCAGCGCGUCUUUUUGUUCGCGUUUUCAACCAGCGGGGCGCUUCACUCCAGCAGCGCAUCCUGGAACUCCUUGCCUUGGCCGACGCCGCAGACAACUUCCAUAAAAAAACGGUCACAGCUAGCAUGGGCGGGGGGUUGGCGAGCGUCGCAGGGUCUGUCACCACCAUCACCGGUCUCAUUCUGGCCCCCUUCACAGCGGGAACGUCGCUCAUCGUCACAGCCGUGGGCAUCGGCAUAGCUACAGCCGGCGGUGUGACGAGCGCGUCGGCCAACAUCACCGACACGGUCCACUCAAAGACGGAUCGUAACAAGGUGGAGAAGAUGAUUCAUGACUACCAGGAAGAGAUCAGGGAUAUCAGGGAGUGCCUAGAGUUCUUACAGGAAGGGAUGGAGACGCUUCAAGACUGGAACUUUGAGAAGUACGCUGAAAGCAUCUCACAGAAGCACCUAAACCAAAACGUCAAACACGUAAUGAAAGAGGGUGGUCGAGCCGGCAAGGCUUUAGUGAUCAACACGGAGAGUCUGAUUAGCACCGUCCAGGUCUUGGGCGUUGCUGGUGGUGCUGCUAAAGCUGCACAGGUAAUGAGCAUCACUACUGGAGUUAUGGCCGGCCUCUUCCUGGCUCUCGAUGUGUUUUUCCUGGCGAAGGAUUCUAUGGAGCUGAAAAAGGGAGCCAAGACUGAGUUUGCUGCUAAGAUCCGUGAGGUUUGUAAGGACCUGCAGGAUGGACUGCUGGAGCUGAACAGAAUCAAGGAACAGCUGCAAAAAACCAUGGACGGGAUAGAAGUGGAGGUUGAGGAGGGCGAAGAUGACGAGCUGUUGAAGGCGAAUUUGAAGAGACUUGUUGAGCUUGGGGAGUGA